AUGUCAUGGGGUUUGGGGUGGAAGCGGCUUUCCGAGAUCUUCCAUCUGGCCCUCGACUAUGGCGAAUCCGACGACAAUGCCGAUAACCCCUCCCCCUCUUCUUCCCCACCGCCGCCGUCCUUGUCGCCUCCGCCAUCUCCUUCCUCCGCGGGAUUAGGGUUCCGGAUCGAUCUCGACUGGUCGGCCGGCGAGGACGAGGACCAGGUCGCCCUCCGCCUCCAGUCCCAGCUCAUGGUUGCCCUCCCCCUGCCGCAGGACACUGUAGUCCUAGAUCUCCACCAGGAUGAGGAGGGAUGGAUCAAAGUGGGCAUGAAGGUCGUGAAGCGGCGGGAGCCUCUGAGAUCGGUGAAGAUGUCGAAGGUUCUGAAUUCCGGGCAGCAGAGCGAUGGGAUUGGCGUUUUGACGCGGUUGAUUAGGUCAGAUCUGGCAGGGUCUGGGGAAGAGUCUCCAAGGCUUGCGGAUCACUGGAAGAGCCUUAAGGUUCUAAACCUGGGUGGAUGUGGUUUGUCGGUCCUUCCAGUAGAGUUAACACAACUGCCACUACUUGAGAGAUUAUACCUUGAUAACAAUAAGCUAACACUUUUGCCACCAGAACUUGGUGAAUUGAGAACUCUGAAAGUGUUAGGAGUUGACUAUAACAUGUUGGUUUCUGUCCCUGUUGAGCUUAGGCAGUGUGUUAUGCUGGUGGAGUUAUCACUGGAACAUAACAAACUUGUCCGCCCACUUCUGGAUUUCAGGGCUAUGGCAGAGCUUCGUAUUCUGAGAUUGUUUGGGAAUCCUCUUGAGUUUCUUCCAGAAAUUUUGCCGUUGCAAAAUCUUCGACAUUUAUCGCUUGCUAAUAUCAGAAUCGAGGCAACUGAGAAUCUAAAAUCUGUAACCGUACAAAUUGAGACAGAUAACAGUUCCUAUUUCACUGCAUCUAGACACAAGCUUAGUGCCUUCUUCUCUCUAAUCUUCCGGUUUUCUUCAUGUCAUCAUCCUUUGCUGGCAUCUGCACUAGCCAAGAUUAUGCAAGAUCAUAGCAAUCGUAUAGCUGUUAGCAAAGAAGAAAAUGCUAUAAGGCAGCUCAUAAGUAUGAUAAGCAGUGACAAUCGCCAUGUGGUUGAACAAGCAUGUUCUGCUCUUUCUUCACUGGCAGCUGAUGUUUCUUUGGCAAUGCAAUUGAUUAAAUCUGACAUAAUGCAACCUAUUGAAUUAGUUCUGAGAUCAGUUGACCAAGAAGAGUUGAUAUCUGUAUUGCAAGUUGUGGUCACCUUGGCUUUUGCCUCUGAUAGUGUUGCUCAAAAGAUGCUGACCAAAGACGUCCUGAAAUCACUUAAAGCACUGUGUGCACACAAGAACAUAGAGGUGCAACGCCUAUCUUUAUUUGCAGUUGGCAAUUUAGCUUUCUGUUUGGAGAAUCGUCACACCCUAGCUCAAUCUGAAAGCUUGCAUGAACUUCUUCUACGCCUGACAGUUACACCAGAGUCACGUGUGAACAAGGCUGCUGCACGUGCUUUGGCAAUUCUUGGAGAGAAUGAGAAUUUGCGUCGAGCAGUAAGAGGAAAGCCAGUUGGGAAGCAAGGACUACGGAUACUAUCAAUGGAUGGGGGUGGGAUGAAGGGUUUGGCAACAGUUCAGAUGCUUAGACAGAUUGAAGAAGGAACUGGAAAGCGUAUACAUGAAAUGUUUGACCUUAUCUGUGGUACAUCCACGGGUGGUAUGCUUGCUGUAGCUCUUGGCAUUAAACAAAUGACUUUGGAUCAAUGUGAAGAAAUAUACAAAAAACUAGGAAAGCUCGUAUUUGCUGAGCCUGUCCCUAAAGAUGAAGCUACUUCCUGGAGAGAGAAACUCGAUCAACUUUACAAAAGUUCGUCACAAAGCUUUAGAGUAGUUGUGCAUGGAUCUAAACACAGUGCAGAUCAAUUUGAAAGGUUACUGAAAGAGAUGUGUGUUGAUGAAGAGGGUGACCUUUUAAUAGAGUCUGCUGUGAAGGGCAUCCCAAAGGUUUUUGUAGUAUCAACUCUGGUCAGCGUUAUGCCAGCUCAACCAUUUCUUUUCCGAAAUUAUCAGUAUCCGGCUGGCACCCCAGAGCUCCCUUCAGGAAUGGCUGAGAGUCCUGCGAUCAGUGCAAUUGGAACAUCUGCCCCUGGUACUCAAAUUGGUAUCCGGCGUAGUGCUUUUAUUGGAAGCUGCAAGCAUCAGAUAUGGCAAGCUAUAAGAGCAUCAUCUGCUGCUCCAUAUUAUCUUGAUGAUUACUCGGAUGAUGUAAAUCGUUGGCAAGAUGGAGCUAUUGUAGCAAAUAAUCCAACUAUCUUUGCUAUAAGAGAAGCACAACUUUUAUGGCCUGAUACACAAAUUGAUUGUAUAGUUUCAAUAGGAUGUGGUUCAGUUCCAACCAAGGCUCGAAAAGGUGGUUGGCGUUAUCUAGAUACAGGACAAGUCUUGAUUGAGAGUGCAUGCUCAGUGGAGCGAGUGGAGGAAGCGAUGGACAGUUUGAUACCCAUGCUUCCUCAAAUGCAUUAUUUUCGAUUUAACCCAGUUGAUGAGCGAUAUGGAAUGGAACUAGAUGAGACUGAUCCUGCCAUUUGGCUUAAGCUGGAAGCUGCAACUGAGGAGUACAUUCAGAAAAAUUCUGAAUCUUUUAAAAAUCUCUGCGAGCGACUAGUUCCAAGAUACCAUAGUGAAGAAAAAAUAAUGGAGAAAUUGAAGAUUCAGCAAUUUUCUAAAUCAAAACCAUCAAACUCAGGGCUUGACGAAAACAGCCCUUCGUUAGGCUGGAGGCGCAUGGUACUACUUGUGGAAUCUUCACAUAGUCCUGAUUCUGGAAGGACUAUUCAUCAUGCUCGUUCUCUUGAGACCUUUUGUGCUCGAAAUGGCAUUAGAUUAUCUCUUCUGAAUCGAGCAUCAGGAUUUUCCAAGCCAGCAACUGCAUUUCCUUCACCAUUUACAUCACCAUUGUUUACUGGAAGCUUUCCAUCAAGUCCACUUCUAUAUAGUCCUGAAUUUGGUCCUCAGCGAGCAAAUCGGAUUGAUUUAGUUCCACCACUUAGCCUGGAUGGUCAUGCAAUUGUGAAGGCACCGGGGUCACCACCAACAUCUCCAUUAUUGUCUAGGCAACCCUCUAUACAUGUUCGUGCAUUACACGAUAAAUUACAGAAUUUACCCCAAGUAGGCGUAAUACAUCUGGCUCUUCAAAAUGACUCGACAGGUUCAAUAUUAAGUUGGCAGAAUGACGUGUUUGUGGUUGCGGAACCUGGGGAGCUUGCUGAUAGAUUUCUUCAGAGUGUUAAGCUGAGCUUGUCAUCAAUGAUGCGAGGGCAUAACAGAAAAGAGGCUUAUUCAUUAACAAAGGUUUCAUGUGUCGCUGAUUUGGUUGCACGAUGGCCCUGGUUUCAAGUUGGAGGGAUCGUCCAUCGUUAUAUAGGACGGCAAACACAAGUGAUGGAGGAUAACCAAGAAAUUAGUGCCUUUAUGUUUCGAAGGACAGUUCCUGCUGUUCACUUGACAUCUGAGGAUGUUCGCUGGAUGGUUGGAGCAUGGAGAGACAGAAUUAUAAUCUGCACUGGAAAGUAUGGGCUUGCUAAUAGCCUCGUGAAGGCUUUUCUGGAUUCAGGCGCCAAAGCUGUUGUUGCAUCAUCACUUGAACCUCCUGACCCCCAGUCUGUGUUAUUCCAUGGGACAGCUGAAUAUAAUGGUUGUGAGAAUGGAAAAUUCGUUAUUGGGGACGAAGAGGCUGAGGAUGAAGAGCCAGAGCCACCCAGUCCUGCAAGUGAUUGGGAAGACAGCGAUGCAGAGAAAGGUAGUGACCACCCAUUGAACCUGAUUGAUGACAAUGAAGAGGAUUUAUCCCAGUUCAUAUGCCUUUUGUAUGACACAUUGUUCCAAGAGGGAUCAAGAGUAGAUGCUGCUUUGCAGCAUGCACUCCGCUCCCAUCCGAAAUUCAAAUACACUUGCCACCUACCAAACAUACUUUAGUUGUAACAGAAAACAACAUUUAAAACUAUAAAUAAUUUAAUAUAGUAAAAAUUAGAAUAUUUAAGGUAAAGAGUAAAAUCAAGUUUUGGGCUAUAGAGCAUGUUUCCUUAUGCACCAGAAAAAGUUUCGGUAACCAUGUGCACACCCUUGCAGCAAUUGAUACGUUGUUGUAUAUAUAAGUUACAGUUUAAUGCAUAAGCAUGGGGUCCUUUCAGACCUUUAUUUUUCUAUACUUUUGCAGUUGUAUCAGAAAAAAAUUGUUCCCAGCUCCCUAUAUACACUCAGUCAUAUUAUAGGUUUUUUGUGUCAUUUCUGUUAUAUAAUGUUGAAAUUUUGUCUUGUGA